UUUCAAGGACGAUUCAUGCGUUGCAGUAUAAAUUUAUCACUUAAUUCUAAAUUUUGUUACAUUUUAAAGAAAAUGGGUUAGCGUUUAUACAUUUUUUGCUAUUUUAUAUUGUCUAAAAUAUCGUAAGAAAAAUGCUUGCUUUAUAGUUAUAGCUUCAUACGUGAAUAUCACUGGUUGACUGGUAAUACAAUUUCGAUGUGCUUCAUUGAUUUGCACAUAAGACAUAAUCAAUUAAUUAAGCAUUGUCCAGACUGCGUAACAGAACUGCAGUUGGUCAGUUAUCAACGAACGCUGUUUUAUUGAACUAUUGACAUUUGAACAGUUUCAAAGUUUCAAGGUGCACUGCAAACACAAAAGGUCAUGGAUCGUGGCGAAAAUAUAGGAAAUAAGAGGUAUUCCGUUAUCAAGUUUCUUAUGGAUAACUCAUAUUCAGAAAUACCAACGUCAUGGUUAAUACUCGAUGGCAAUAAACAGAAGUGCUUCUGGCCACCACGAACAUCAAAUGCUGCAUCCCUAAUAGUAAAUUGCACAAGUCCAAAUUUAGAAACUUGGAACCAAUUUGAAGUUAACAUCAUAAAACACAGUACAUCCCUAGAAUCUGCAAGGAAAAGUGCAGCUGACUCCAAUUACCAAACAACUGAUGAAGACAAAUUGGGAUGUGGCAAAAGGAAACAUACGUUAUACAAUCGAUACGGAAGUGAACAAGAGGAAAGUGAUAAUUGUGAACCUCGACCCUGUAAGAUUAAGAGGAAAACAAUCAGUAUCAAUAAAAGUGUUUCUACUUUUCUAUCGUGUCCGGACAACCUAAGAUUCAAUGAUGUAUCAGAUAUAUCUAAUAAUAAUGUAGUGGAAAGCUGGAGAAAUGUAACUGAUGCAAUAUGCAACAUUCCAGUUUCCCAACCUGAAAAAAGGGAGAUUUUGCGUGCAAAUCCUGAGGAUACACAAAUAUCUGAUAUACCCAUAAUAUUUGAAGAUGCUUCAUUAUCUGAAAACAUAUCUGAAAGGCAAGAAGUGCAAAAUGUGCAAGAGAUGCAGGACUCGAAUAUAAAAGAGUAUUUCGGACAAAUAAUACAAACGCAAGAAGAAAUAAUACAUUCGCAAGCACAAAUAAGACGUGCACAAGCAGCAUCUAAUUUAAUGUUACGAGAUAUAAAAGAAUUGGUGAACGGAAUGGAAGAGGGUAUGAGGAGUCGCGCUCCUCUUACAACAAAGGGCAAUGACAGUUUGAUUGCAGAAAUUUUACCGUUACAUACGAUUGAAACCAUACGAGACUUCGAUUCAUUAUUACAAAACUCUGAUGAAGCAGUUAUGCAAUUUAAACAGUUUUUGUCAAAGAUUGGAGGAAAUAAUCCCCGCGAUAAUAUUCAUCGCGCACUUUCAAAACUAUUUAGCAACGAAUGUGCAAUACAUUGCUCCUGGAAGGGUAUUCGCAACAAUUUCAAAGUCGCCGAUUUAUAUUUCAUAAAAAUUAUGAGAAGAGACAUUAUUUUACAGUAUUCGACUUUAACAGAAGCUGAAUUUGAUACCAUAGUGGCUGAAUGGCUACGGUUUGCUAAGCAGAGAAAACAAAGGGAAGAAAAAGGAGCACACCAGAAGGAAGUCGAACAACAAAAUAUAGAAAAUAAUAAUUAGUUUAUUAUUUUAAAAAGCAAUUAUUUAAUUUAA